AUGCAUGCUGAGGAAUCCCCAGCUGUUGAAGUUUCUUACCGGUACAGAAGUACCGCUGCUGGCAUGCGGCGCUGCGGGAGAUUGGGCGAACGGGGCGCGUCGCCAAGGUGCUGCGGAAGUGUGUCGGAUAGUGCUAUGCCGGUGCUGCUUAUCGCUGGGCGUCAGGAUCCCGAUCCUGAGACCCGCCCGCAGUACAUCGGCAAGCGGGCUGCAGGUGCGCGCAGCACUUGGGACGAAAGUCCGGCUUCAGGGACCAAAGAGUGCGCGCCGGGGCGCGAACGGACCCACACGUGUCUGGCUGCUGGAAGUGGCCUCGCUCUUUGCUUUUGA